CGUCCGCCCCGCACGCCCAGCGCGUGGUCCUCGCCAGCCGGAUGUUGACGGCGUCGCGUAGCAACGGGAGAUGGCGGAGCCUGGCGGCCGGACUGGCGGGUCUCACCUGGAGGGCAAAUCUUCUGAAGGAGAAGAGGACCAGAAUCAUGAAGGCAACAGGGUGUCACCGAUAGAGAAGAGCAGUGACCAGAGAAAUGAAGAAACUGAGGGUGCUACAGAGCAUUCUGAAGGGGAAAUCAAAAACGAUGGGGAAGUCUCAGCCCAGGGGAAAGAUGAAGACGAUGAGGAAGUCGAAAUCCAAGGGGAAAUGGAAACGGAAGAGGAAUUCGAAUUUGAAGAGGAGUUAGAAUCUGAUAUUGAAGCCACGGCCCCUGAAGGGGAAGUCACUUCUCCAGAUCUGGCUUACUCAGACAUCAGUCCUGGGGAGGUGGCCAGAGAUGAAGUUGGCCCCACACACCGGCAUGAAAGAGCAAGGAGGAAGACAGGUCUUGAAGACAGAGAGGCCCCCGGCCCAUCCGAAUCCAGAGGAGUGGGGGUCAUCUCCACAGAGCCCUCCCAGCAAGUAUCAGGCUCAUCUGAGCAAACGGACCAGGAAUCGGGAGCGCUCCGGCAGAAGGUCUUUCCUCUGGGGGCUCAGCACCGCCUCGGACAGAGCCGGGGGAGCAGCAACACAUCCCUGGACUUUGACGAGCCGCCUCUGGUUACCGAGGGCCCCUCCACGCAGGAGCCAGAGCCUGAUGCCCACCCUGGGGAAGGAGCCACAUCCUCUUUCCUGGACAGGAUCCAGCAGUUAAGCAUGGCCGAGGAAGGAGGCCUGGUGGAGAGUGUGGAGUCUGAGGCCAGCGACGAGGCCGAAGAAGACAGAUCCCAGCUGGUGGUUUUGGACCCAAACCAUCCCCUGAUGAUAAGAUUCCAGGCUGCCCUGAAGAACUAUCUUAACCGGCAAAUAGAGAAACUGAGGCUGGAACUUCAAGAGCUGGGCGUGGCCACCAAGCAAAGCCGAAUCCAGCGGCAGGAGCUGGGGGUGGACCUUUACGGGGUCCAGCAGCACCUGGCCCGCCUGCAGAUGCAGCUCGAGAAGAGCCACGACCGCCACUCGAUCACAGCGUGCGAGAGGCGGAGGAAGGAGGAGGAGCUGCGGAGCGUGCGCUUGCGCUACGCCAGGACCUGCGAGACCGCUGGCGAGGAGCGCAAGAAGCUGGCAGCUCUGCAAACCGAGAUGGAGACCCUGGCUCUGAAUCUCUUCUACAUGCAGAACAUAGACCAGGACGUGCGUGACGACAUCCGGGUGAUGAAGCGAGUCGUGAAGAAGUCGGAAGCCGAGCGCAUGCGGGCCGAGUUGGAGAAGAAGCAGCAGGACCUGCACGUGGACCAGCUGACCACCCGAGCCAACCAGCUGGAAGAACAGAUGGCCCUGUUCGAGGCCCAGUACCGCGUGCAGGCUGAGGACACCCGGACGCUCAGGAAGGCAGUGAGCGAGGCCUGCACGGAAAUAGAUGCCAUCAACGUGGAGAAAAAGCGCAUCCUGCAGCAGUGGGCCACCAGCCUGGUGGGCAUGAAGCAUCGCGACGAGGCUCACAAGACCAUCCAAGAGGCACUCAGCGAAUGCCAGCAUCAAGUCAAGUCCAUGGAUGGCGAGCUCGAAGCCUAUAAGAAAUCCAUCAUAAAGGAGGAAGAAAAGAAUGAGAAGCUGGCCAGUAUCCUGAACCGGGCAGAGACGGAAACCAGCCUGAUGCAGAAACUGACUUUGCAGUGCCUGGCCAAGGAAGAGGCCCUGCAGAAUGAGUUCAACACCUACAGGCUCACCCUGCUGGACACGGAGGACGCACUGGGCAAGGCCCACAUGGAAUACACGGCAACCAUAGGCCAAUUGCAGACUCUCCACCAGACCAUCCAGCAUGAGCUGGAGCUGGGGAGGAAGAUGGAUGCCUCCAUCGUGGAGAAGCUGCAGGAGCACGUGACCUCCAACAAGAUGACAAAGUACUUCCAUCAGCUCAUCCUGAAGCUCCAGAAGGAAAAGACCAACCUGGUGACACAUCAUUCCAAAAUUGAUGGUGACAUUGCUCAGACCACCCUGGACAUCACGAACACCAGCUGCAGGCUGGACAUGCAUCAGAAGACACUGGCUGAGCUGGACAAGGAAGUGAAAAAAGUCAACGACCUCAUCACAAACAGUGAAAAUGAAAUCUCCAGGCGCACAGUCCUGGUUGAGAGAAAGCAAGGCCUCAUCAGCUCUUUGGACAAGCAGCUGGAGCACAUGAUCUCUGAACUCGGGGGGGAAGAAGUGGGGCCCCUGGAGCUGGAGAUCAAGAGGCUGGCCAAGCUGGCCGAGGAGCACAACGCCGGCGUGGCGCAGGCCCGGGCGGCCUGGCUCCGGCUGCAACAGGAGAUGGUGGCGGCCACGCAGGGGCGCGAGGAGCACCUGGCCUCCCUGGACAUGUCCGUGAAGGAGAUCCACAUCCUGGAGCAGAAGAAACUACGGAUAGAAAACAAGAUCGACCAGGAGAAGAAAGAGCAGAAGCAGAUCAAGCAGCACAUGAGGGACCUGGACAAUGACCUGAAGAAGCUCAACGUGCUGAUGAACCAGAACCGAUGCAGCUCCGAGGAGCUGCAGCAGGGCAACCUGGCCACCGAGGGCGAGUUCGUGCGUGCGCUCAAGGCCUCGGAGCGAGAGACCAUCGAAAUGCAGGAGAAGCUGAACGAGCUCAGGGAGGAGAAGGCGGCCGUGCUCAACAGCCUGGUGGAGGCGGAACACCAGAUCAUGCUUUGGGACAAAAAAAUCCAACUGGCAAAAGAGAUGCGCGCCUCAGUGGAUUCCGAGACGGGCCAGACAGAGAUCCGGGCCAUGAAGGCCGAGAUCCACAGGAUGAAGGUCAAGCACGGCCAACUGCUGAAGCAGCAGGAGAAGAUGAUCCAGGACAUGGAGCUGGCUGUCGCACGCAGAGAGACCAUCUCCACUCGGGCCGAGGGGCAGUGCAAGAUGGACAAGAAGCUGCUCACCCGCACAGACUUCCACCGCAAGCAGACCGAGCUGAGACGGAAGAUCAGGGACAUUCACAAGGCCACCGAGGAGUGCACCCAAACCAUCCUAGAACUGGAAGAAACUCAAAAAUCCGUGAGCGACUCCCUCCUGGAGAAACAGGAGCAGCUGUCAAGGAUGCAGGCCAAGGCCGACGAGCUCGAAGCUGACCUGUACCAGCUGGCAGCCCUCAAGCGACAGAACCUUUCCACGCUCGUGGCCCUGCAGUCACGCCUCAAGCACCUGCAGGCCGUGAAGGACGGGCGCUACAUCUUCCUGCUCCGCAAUAAGCAGUCACUGCUGGCAGAGCUCAAGCGGCUGGAUGACCGCCUGGCCAGCAUCAGCACCAUCCUCCACCACGUGAAGGACGAGUACCCCCAGUUCCAGGAGGCCCUGCUCAAGGUCAGCCGGUCCAUCAGCAACAGGCUGGAGUCAUCCGGGCCCUAGAGCGCCCACCCCAAGGAGGAGAUCAGUUUUGUGUAUCAUCAGGGGCUUCAAAUCUUUCUACCCUCAGAGACACCAGUUAAGAGAAACAGACAGGCCAGCAUUGUAGGAAUGGGUUUUUUUUAGCCACCCAGCAGUUUAAACCAAGUCAAAUGUCAGCGUUUCCAGUUGCAUUUCGGUGAGUCUUCCGCUUGCAAAGGCAGUGUCAGUGAACACGAACCCAUAUUCCCACAUUGGGCUUACUCCUCCAAGUAAAAUUGGAAACCCAGGUCUCUGCUCCUGCCCCCACUCCCAGCUUGGGUUAAAUCCAGAUUCCCAUCUUACACGAGCAAGUCCAGGGGGACCCUGGCUGCAUCUGGAAGCCUAAUGCCUGAGAUAAGACCACACAGGUGCAUGAACACAGACCUCCUUGUCUGCCCACUUGUCCUGCCCUCUCCUCCAGCCAGGGCUCCUCCCCCCACACUCUGAUUCCUGAGCCCCUGCUACCUAUGCCUUCUCUGCAGUUUAAAGGGAAAAUGUUCUACAAAGUAAUUUUAAACUUUC